AUGUCGACGCUUACCUUGAGGGCACCAUCCAUGCUUCCGUCCCCUAGAGACAUUGGCAGCAUGUCCUGGUCUGAUAGACGUCCUUUGGACUUUCCUUCGAGACCAAGGUCCCAGACUGAUCGUGAAGAACUCCCUUCAAUACGACAGAUCAUUCCAGACUUUCAUCAGACUCGACCAGGACGAACAGAAGCUGAACACAGCACUGAUUCUUAUUCGCCGACAUCUGGUGGUGUGAGAAAGAUCCCUUUAGAAUAUGAGCAAUCGCCGUCGUUGAACAAGCGGAGGAGAUUAUCCGUUGAGGACGAAUUCGAAGAAUCGAGAGAUCGAGCCAUCCCACGACUUUACAGAAGUCCAUCGAGAGUGACGGCAAGACCUGUGAAUGCUUCCAUCUCACCCACAUCCGCAGCUCGACCAGCGCCUGGCUAUCCUUCAGACACACGAUCCGAUUCCAACAGAAGUAGUCCAUAUUCUGCAGCCUCAACCACCUUCCAAACCUUCGACGCCCCCCGAACGCAAUGGAGGACACUGCCCAGAAUUCCAGCCUUGGCUGUGGAGACAGUCAGUCCACAUAGCAGAAGUAACUUUGGUGAAUAUUCACUCGAUUCUUCUAGAUCUGGCGCACAGACUUACCCGCAACUUGCAACUUCGGCUUUCAACGCUCCAACGCCCAUGUCCACCUACCCGCAGCCAUCUUUCUCCUACGGAUACCAGCAACCGCGCGGACAGUCCUACUCAGGACCAUCUGGCUACUCACUUUCACAAGAACGAACGCCCUUCUCGGUUGGGCUCCCUGCUGCAUAUCCCGGAGCCGGUUACGCGUAUAGUGGCCUUGAUGUCGGGGAUGGGAAUGAUAGCAAGCAAAAGAAACGGAGAGGCAAUCUACCGAAAGAGACAACGGAUAAAUUGAGAGCGUGGUUUAUCAAUCAUCUGCAACAUCCUUAUCCCACGGAAGACGAGAAGCAGGAGUUGAUGCGGCAGACGAAUUUGCAGAUGAAUCAAAUAUCAAAUUGGUUCAUCAAUGCACGCAGACGCCAACUCCCGGCUAUGAUCAACAGCGCGAGAGCAGAGACAGACGCACGGUCAGCGAGAGGAGGCCAAGGGGAAAGCACGAGUGAUUUUGGGGAUGAGAGGGAGAAGAGGGGGGUCAGUAGCGACGGAGAUGCAAGUGGGUAUGACGAUGAAUUCGAGCUGAGGUCGAGGAGGGCGAAGAGAGAUAGUAUAUGA